UUUGGUCACUAAUUUUUGAUCAUUCAUUUUGUCAGUAACAUUUGAUCUUUUUUUUUGGGUCAGUAAUUUUCGACCAAUUUAUGACCCCAGUUUAUUUGCGAGCAGCGGUUUUUUACGACUUAAAUUAAAAGAGAACAGUAAAUGAACGUGUCAAUUGUACUUGAUAGUCUCUCAUCCGUAACCACAUGCUUAGCCCAAACCCUAAUUGUUUUCUUUUUCUUUUGAUUCUCUAUAAGACCAUGAGCAGAUAAUUCAACAGUAAGAUCACUGGCUAUCUCUUGCUCGAUUUUUUUUUUAAAUGAUACGUUUUAAUAAUCUACAAAAGCCGACAAAUUAGAUUAUUGGAGAUCCAACGGCUGAAAAGAGAACAUGCCGAAGAUCUCUCUCUCAUGGGCAGCAAUAUAUAAGCCAGUACCCAACAUUAUCCUCUCAUCCGCCGAUCUAAACCCUAAUUUCUUGUCCAUCGAAAUCAUGUCGGAUGAACACGACGAAGUGAAAGUGAUUACCACAUGCGUCUUCUGGGACCUCGAGGAUUUCGUAGUCCCUGAUAAUUUAAAUCCUUUUUAUGUUUAUCGUAACCUGUUAUCAGCUCUUAAGAGUAAGGGUUUUAUUGGUCGGUUGAAAAUCUGGUUCUAUUAUGGAGGUAAUCUAGAUUUCACGGAUGAAUUCGUGGACAAGUAUGAAGAGCUCCAUACCUUCUUCUUUCGCCUAGAAGGGGAUAUAUAUGAGAAAGCUACAAGGAUUAUGAGGGACGCUCUUCUCUGGUCAGUGGACAAUCCAGUGCGUGACGACAUUCCUGAACAAGCAAAUUUGUUUAUUAUCUCUAAUAAAUUCUCUGGAGAAGAAACCAAGGAGCUCCUCAGUUAUCUGCAAGCUUUGGAAUCGAGAAAGUAUAAUAUUCUCUUAGCACUUAACGAACCCGAAUCAUGUGAAGCGCUGCUUCCUUGUGUAAGCUUGGAAUGGCUUUGGCAUAGAAUAUUAGGUGCUGGUGAUGAUCUUGAAGAUGAUGUUGACAAUACUACUCUUUGUAACUCAUGCAACAAGGAAGAAGAGUUGAAGGCAGCCAACAUAAAGAUUUUGGAGAUGGAGAAAGCACAAGCUGAACAAGCCAAGGUGCUUGCUCAACAAGCAAAAGAGCUCGAGUAUUAUAAGAAUAUAGUAUUUAACCAAUUUCCAAACUUGGUUCUUCCAACCAAUCCUCCGGCUCGAGACGAUAAUUAGUAUUGUGUAUUUUUUAUGUGAUUAAAUUAUAUCUUCUAUUCUAUGUUAUAAACUA